AUGCGGCCUACUUGCUCUCACUGUCAAAAGCUGGGACAUCUAAAAGAAAAAUGUUACUUCAUCCAUUGCUUUCCCCCUGGAUAUGGCACCAGAAAUGUCAACAAUAAGCCUACUAUCCAUCAAGCUACUGCUUGUACUUCAUCUUCUCAAGAACCAGGCACUCAAGCGGCUAUACAGAACCUCAUUGCUCUACUCAGCACUCAGCUCCAGCAAGCAUCUUCAUCUAACACAGAGACACAACCUGUGAUCUCUAAUUUCUCUGGUAACUUUGUAUCUCUUUCUCAUGACUAUUGGGUUAUUGACAGUGGUGCUACGCACCAUGUUCGUUGCAAUUUGCAAUUUAUUACAUCUUUUUCUAACCACACAAUAGCUUCUUACCUCACUUUUCUGAAUGGUUUGAGAAUACAAGACACAACUCAAAACAAGAUGCUUGGGAUUGCUAAGCGCAUAGGACACUUAUACUUGCUACAACAAGACAAGACUCCUUUACGUUCUUGUUCUUAUGUAAAUUCUAAGAAAUCUUGUAAUAUUGGCCACACUUGGCAUACACAGUUAGGACACCCCUCUAUGAAAGUUACCAACAAAUUGAAUAAAGUGUCACAUUUUUCAGCUUCUUCAAAUAAUAAUGUUCCUUGUCAUAGUUAUGGAUGCCUUGCCUAUGCAUGUACUCUUGAUAGUAAACGAAACAAGUUCAAUCCUAGGUCUCGUGCUUGCAUAUUUAUUGGCUACCCUCCAGGUAUGAAAGCCAAGCAUUCCCCAUCAAUUUCCAAUAAUGAGGAUCUGCCCUCGGUACCUACUAGUACAUCAAAUGCGCAGCCACUCACUACUUCUAAAGCUGGCCAACCACUUGUCAAACCACCACAUCUCAAAGAUUAUAUAUGUGAGUAUUCCACUGCUCAUCCUUUAACAAAUUUCAUAUCUUACGACAAGUUUUGCCCAUACUUUAGAAAUGCUACACUUGCUGCCCAUACUUUGCCCGAACCAAGUAAAUACACACAAGCCUCAAAACUUCAUGAGUGGCAAUUGGCAAUGCAAAAUGAGCUUGUUGCCCUCAUUGAAAAUGAGAUUUGGAACAUUUUUUCCCUCCCCAAAGGCCAUAAUGUCAUUGGCAACAAAUGGGUAUACAAAAUAAAAUAUAAGUCCAAUGGUGAUGUUGACAGAUACAAUGCAUGUCUAGUAGCAAAAGGGUAUGCUCAACAAAAAGGUAUAGACUACUUUGAAACUUUUGCCCCUGUUGCAAAGUUCAAUACUUUAAAAGUAUUCCUAGCUCUAGCUGCCAUAAAAAAAUUGGAAACUACACCAAUUGGACAUAAAUAA